UCUUUAUUGAGCUUCAUAUUCUAUUCAGGCUGUGUACAGCUACCUCUGUGUCAUUGAAGGACCCCGAACAGCCAAGAUGGCUGCGCCCGGAGAAAUCAACGGGGAGUUUGAAAACUGGUUAAACGAACGAUUAGAUUCCCUUGAAGUAGACAGGGAUAUAUAUGGCGUUUACAUUCACGGUGUUCUUCAGGAAGAGGAAAAUGAUGAAGAAAAGAUUGACGCCUUACGAGGCAUUCUGUCUGCUUUUCUGGAAGAAGAUGCAUUAGAAACUGUCUGUCAGGAGAUCAUAAAGCAAUGGACCGACUAUUGUGCCAAGACUGCAGUCACUCGGAACAAGACAGAUGCGGAGGUGCAAGCCAUUGCUAGCCUGAUUGAGAAGCAGGCUCAGAUCGUUGUGAAGCAGAAAGAAGUGUCUGAGGAGGAGAAGAGACGGAAACAAGCCCUACUAGAGCAGUAUGCCCAGAUCACUGAUGAUGAAGAUGAAGAUGAAGAGGAAUCAGCCGGAGCUAUGGCCAUCCCCAGCGAUAAAUCCCUCUUUAAAAACACUAACGUGGAGGACGUGCUAGGUCGUAAGAAGCAGCAGCGGGACCAGGCCAAAGAGGACUCCCAGAAGAAGAAGGAGCAGGACAAGAUGCAGCGGGAGAAGGACAAGCUGGCCAAGCAAGAGCGGAAGGACAAAGAGAAGAAACGCACACAGAAAGGAGAACGCAAAAGAUAAAGCAACCAGACGGGAUGGGAGGCAGGACGGAGUAUCUCAAAUCAAAAGUAAUGGACUACUCAGAUAUCACAUUUUCGCACCUCAAUUGCCAUUUUCUAAUACAGAAAUAACGAUUUUUCAGAAGUUUGCUUGUGCUUUGGUGGAUGUAACUAGAAGGAAAUGAGAUAUUUUCUUCCAGGCCUUCCAUGUUAUGUUUAAGUGUACUUUGCUUUACUCUCCUGAAGAGAUCUGCUGUCAACGUAAAGCCAACAUGCAGAAAGUGUUUUUUUUUUUUUUUCUGCCAUAACACUCGCAUAGAUUUUUGAUAUUGAAUUAAUUCAGGGUGACAAUAUGCAUGUAUCAUCUCUCCAAAACAGCUUUGCCUUAAAUGCAUAUAUGUUUGCUGUAACCUAAGUAACGGUCAUCUGUGUAGAGAUUAUGUGUCAGUAGAAGGGCUUCAUGUCAGAUCAGUUGUUUCAGCCUCAGAGGAACAGGAAGAAAGGAGAACUUGUUUUUUUUUUUUUUUAAAUAUAGAAGCUAAACAGUUUAUUCAACCCUGGAAAUACUUUUGAAUUUUUACAGAUUUUUUACAACGUUUUCCCACUGGCUCCCUGCAACAAAUAGAGAGCCCAAGUCUUGCCCUUUUCUGUCAGUAUAACGCUCGAUGGUGUUUUAUGCCCCCAAUGUCGACUUAAAGGCACCUAAUCCUAAAUCUAACCCCAACCCUAACCUUAACCCAUGCCUAAACAUAGCGCCUUCCAGGCAGCGCUGCCUUGAAGACAACGUUGGGGGCAUAAAACACCAAGAAACUCAGUGCAACUAAUGGCGUCAUGAUGGUGACAGUAGGGAGCGCUGGACAUUCUGCCACUCCAGAGCCGCUCUGUGCCACUUGGAAUUUGGAAGCGCUAACUUGGAAUCUUUUCAGUUGUAUAGUAACACAAUGUGUAUCAGCUGUGCAGUAGUACGAGUAGGUACAGUAUACAUAACAUCAACGUGACAGUUACGGAGAGUUUAAACAGUUUCAGACAUUAUUAAGAAAGUGGACUGCAUUCAUAGUCAUGAUUCAUCUCUUAUUUUGUUUCCAGCUGAAGUAAGACAUUUAGAAUAUUGAUGAAUUUUGAUCAUGAAUCAUUAUUAGUCAUCAUAAUUAAGUGUUAAACAAGCACAUAUGUUUUAAGUUGAAGUAAAUUAAAACAUUAAAUAGAACAGCUGUGUAUCUACAGUGUGAGUAAUGCUAGAGCAAGACUGCUCUAAAAUGACAAGAUUUAGAGUAAUCUUGCUCUGGGCUUAUUAACAUUUAGUUGAAGAAUGAGAUCAAUUGGGUUAUUGGGUUAACCAUGAUGUUUCUGCUAUAUUUUCUAAGUAUAAACAGAUCAGUUUUCAAGUACCGGUAGUUGAAAUGUCAUCUGUAUGUCAGAAUAAUGUAGUGGCAUCUGGUCCAGUUAAGCUGUAUGAAAUAAGAUUGCAUCAUGUGUUCUCCACUUGUGUGAUCAUACAUCAUUUGUACUGGUUACAGAUUACAACACACUGAGGGAGUGUGUGUCAUCAAUGUCCUACAAAUUAGGCACCCCUGUCCUAGACCUUGUUUGUGAUGUUUUGCACAUCAGACGUGUAUGUAACAUUUAUAGGCAUCUUGUUAGUGUGAGGCUGAAACCAAGGAUGGUAUGGCAGGCCACUGUAAGUGCUCUUUUCCACCAUGCACAAAUUUCCUGGAGUAGAGCUGCAGGCAUUUCUUCCACCCCUUCCUAAAAAAGAUCUUAAUCCUGUUGAACAUUUAUAUUCUCAGAGUUGUUUUAUACUUAAAUAAAGUGAGCAGAGAACGGU